CCACAGUCGACCCGUUGGAUUCACUCCGACCCGCUAUUGUAGGACCGGUCGCUCUGAUCGCGGCUCCAGACAAAUUUUCAAUCUUUCUCUUUCUAGAGCUUUACAGGAUUUCAACUCUCCUCGAAUCCUGCUGUUUUACGGAACGAAGUGAAAUAUUGAAGUUACUUUAUAUCUACACAUCAUAAUUAGGUAGAGAUUACAAUUCUGUUCAGUGAUGAGUUUGUGAAAAAAUAAUGGGUGUAUUCUGCGGUGGCUUCCUCCGCGACACAUGCGAUCGUGUCGCUGAUCGUUGCUUCCGCUUCUUUCCCUGUCUAUCUGAUCCGGCUCGGAGAUCUACUUUAUGUUUGAAGGUGGCUUUGGUGACGCUCCAUCUGAUUUUUCCCGGGGUUUUAUUUGCAUUAGAUAGAGAUUUGAUUGUAAGAACCAGAGAAAAUCCAUGGUACACUGUAAUAUAUUUGUUACUAUUUGUUGCUACACUGGCUCAGUAUUUUAUCACCUCUGGAACAUCUCCUGGCUAUCUAAUUGAUGCGCAGAAGGCUGUUGAUGAGAGAGAUUCCUUAGUUAGAAGGACAUCAGUGGAUACACAACAAUCAGCUUCGAGCAAGAAUGGCAGUGUUGUUAUCACAGUGGACCAGAACCUAUCAGGCCGGAAUUAUCAGAGAAGUAAUGUUACAGCUUGGACAAAGCUAGUGAUGGAUAUGUACCCUCCAGGAUCAUCUAUUAGAAAUUGGACAUGCACUUACUGCAACAUUUUGCAGCCCCCACGAGCAAAGCAUUGUCAUGAUUGUGAGAAAUGUGUUCUUCAAUUUGAUCAUCACUGCGUUUGGCUUGGGACAUGCAUAGGACAGAGAAACCAUUGCCGGUUUUGGUGGUACAUUCUUGAGGAAACAGCCUUGUGCCUUUGGACUAUCAUCUUGUACAUUGUCUACCUUAAGUAUAAUAUAUCAAAAACAUGGUGGGUUGAUGUAAUCAUAAUCUUGCUUUUGGGUACCUUGUCAAUUUGUUUGAUCUUUCUACUCCUGCUGCUCCUUUUUCAUUGCUACCUUAUUGUGACUAAUCAAACCACCUAUGAACUUGUAAAAAGGCGGCGCAUUCCAUAUCUAAGGGGAGUUCCUCAGAGAGUUUAUCCAUUCAGCAAAGGACUAUGCAGAAAUUUGUACGUCUUCUGUUGUGCCCAAAACAGCAUUCUGCCGAUGGAACCAAUGCCGUCUGCUCAAGAACUCGAAGAUAAGUUGAGACCCUAUACAUGCUUGGACAUUUUAUCUUGUCGUUGCUGCUGAUGAGUCGAGCUGUGUAAUUUUCCUUACAACUGAUUAUAAACUUUUCAUAGAUCUUCAUGUCUUGAUUCAUACACACGUCAAUAGACAUGCCAUUUGUGAAGAAAGUGUUACCAUUCGAGUAUUCCGAGUUGAGAACAUGUUGUUGGCACAAAUGACAAAAACAUGAUGUUUGAUUCCAUGUACAUUUUUGUGUCAACCUAGAUGAUUAUCAAGAAUUUAUUCAAAAGCCAAAAAUAAGAUGGUUAUCGAGAA